AUGCAAGUUGAUGAUCCAAGAUAUCGGGAAGUUGUGAAUCAAGUGAUAAGUUAUGUCAACGGUCUUCCCUUAGCCCUUGAAUUAAUAGGCGCUGACUUGUAUGGUAAGAAGUUAAGGGAGUGGGAAUCUAUGUUAGAUGGAUGUAAAAGAAUCCCUCAUGAUAAGAUUCAGCAAAUAUUAAGAGUAAGCUACGACGGCUUACAACAACUUGAAAAAGAAGUUUUUCUUGAUAUUGCUUGCUUCUACCAAGGGAGUGAAUUGGAAUUUGUCAAAAAGAUGGUGGCAAGUGUUCAUGAUUUUGAUCCAGAUUAUCAUAUUGCAGUGUUGAUAAUGCGGAAUACCAAUGUGACUGUUUUGAACUUCGAAGGGUGCCAGUAUAUUAGGCACAUGCCUGAUUUAUCUGGCCUCUCAAGUUUAAAGGAGUUACAGCUUCGUGAUUGCAAAAACUUGAUAGAAAUUGAUAAUUCGGUUGGACAAUUAGCCAAACUUGAAACCUUAGAUGUAUGUGACUGUGUCCAACUUAUGACUUUUCCAAGUGAAAUGAAUACACCAUCUCUCCACUGGUUGGAUCUCGUGAAUUGCUCGAAUCUGAAAUACUUCCCAGAAAUAAUGACCAGGGAAAUGGAAAUACCACAGUUGUCUUUGUUUGGAACUGGCAUAGAUCAGUUGCCUCCAUCAGUUGAAAAUCCUACUCAACUUAGUACGAUACAGAUCAGAAAUGACGCUGUGGGCAAGGGAAUCAGGUCAUUAAAGCUACCAAGUAGCACUUUUUUGUUGCCAAAACUGGGACUUAUAGAUGUUCAAGGAUAUGAAGAGUUGCUUAUGGAAGUGGAGUCAAUAAUAUGUCCAAACAUAAGUUGUCUCGGGCUAACAAGAUGUAAUAUAUCCAAUGAGAACCUUCAGAUUUAUCUUUCUUCAUUCUCCAAUGUUCAGAUUUUGGACUUGACAGGUAGUAAUUUCACAAUUUUGCCCGCAUGCAUAGAAGAUUGUCAAAAUUUGAUUCAACUUAAGCUAGAUGAAUGCCAGCAUCUAAUAGAAGUGGAAAAGGUUCCGCCUAGCAUAAAACAGUUGACGGCAGCAGCUUGUGUGUCAUUGAGUUUAGAGUCCAAAAAGUUAUUGUUGAGUAAGGAAUUACUUGCGUCUGUAAUACCCAUCAACUAUCAACUUCUUUCUAAGGUCUUUCGAGCACAUCUUUGUGUGCCAGGAGGAAGCAUCCCAGAAUGGUUCGAUCACUAUAGCAAAGGACCGUCCAUUUCUUUUUGGUUUCGUGACCACUUCCCAUCUCUUUGUAUUUGUGCUAUUGUUCAACCAAUGGGAAAUAAUUGUUGGGUCCAAACAGAAGUGUUCAAAAAUGACGAAGUGGCAUAUAAGUGUAACUUGUGGCAAAUGACUAGAGGAUAUGAUGUGGAGCAUAUAAUUAUGCACUAUAUGUGGAAUUUCGGAAUAAAUGAAGAAUUUGACGAACAUCAAUGGAACCAUGUAAAGAUUUGUUCACAAUCAGAGUACGGAGAUGCUGUAAAAGAGAGAGGAAUCUAUGUAAUCAGAGAUGAAUGGACUAAUAUGGAAAAUAUUCGAUUCACUGAUCCUUCCCAAAAUUCAGAUAUUUUGCGGGAUUGCCAAGGAUGUGCUAUUGAAGGCCACACUGCUACGAAAAACCCUUUCUUCCCUUCCCAAAAUGAGCAACAACAUACACACUCACAUGUUAUUAGGGACAUUGACUCGAAUGUGAUUUCUAUAUUACGAACCAAAAUGUCAAGGAACUCCUAA